GAUCGGCUUCACCUUUUUAAAAGAAUCCUUUCAAAGACACUGAUUCGUUCUGAACGGAACACGGCUACUGUAAAAAGCCCAAAUGAAUGAAUUCAUCUCAGAAGGCACUGUUAACACGUCACUCGCUAGCAUCCCGUGAUUCAGAGCUCGUCAGUGGGUCAUUGUGAAGUGGAUAAAGGUGGCAUCUGCGCGCGCGCGUACACACACAAAUACCCCAGCCCUCAUGACAGACACACUCAGUCUCGCUCCCUCAUGCACACACACAUACACAUACACACACAUACACAAUCACUGUAAAGGGUUUUAAUUCAGCAUGCCUGCUGCUGGAUGCUCUUAGACCGAGACGCAUCCUCCUCACCGUCUGGUUUGACUGCCUCUGAAAAGGAUUUCAAUAUUUUAUUCACAGCUCUCCUCAUGGCUUCAUCGGACGGAAUAGACAAAUGUCUCCUGCACAGAGGCAGAUCUCAGAGUGACCCGAACAUCCUCAGCGAGUCUGGCAUUGAUCUCUCGCACAGCCCAGAUGUGAUGGAGCAGCAGAAGGUGCUGCGCUCAAGCUGUUUGGUGAGUGGAGUCCACACCCCUCCCAUCCGGCGCCACAGCAAGCUGGCCACGCUGGGGCGUAUUUUCAGACCGUGGAAAUGGAGGAAAAAGAAAAAUGACAAGCUGAAGCAGAGCUCUACAGAUGUGGCCUUGGCCUGUGGACUUCACUCUCCAGACCCCAGCUCUCCCAUCCAGGGCAUCUCCGAUGCUGAGAUCCGGCUGCCUGGCUCCCAGGGGCCCAUUCUCAGCAUCAGUAGCAUGGAGUACCUCAGCUCAGAGCAAGACAAUCUCCCUACCGUGGUAGAUUCUGUACAGGACAAUGAGUCAAUGGAAGAGCCAAAUUCAAAUGAGGAAGAAGAGGAAGAUGAGGAGGCGGCUCCCUCUGUAAAUGAGAAUGAAGAUGCUGAGGAAGACGAAGAAGAAGACAGAGAGGAAGAUGAGGACGAUGAACUGCAGGAACAGUCUCCUCCAAGCGGCCACAGCAAUCUCGCUUCUCAUCUAAGCACGGAGGAAGACCCAGGUAAAAUCGUCAUCGCAUCAGUGCCUCAUUCAAACUCUUUUCUCCAAAAAGAACUGCCUAGAGUCCCUGACGGCCCCAGUCCUGUGGUUUUAAGAGGGCCUUUUACUAAUCCCAUGGGGUCGCCACAUAUAGGUAGCAUACACCCACCUUUGCCCCCUAGCUGUAUAAUAGAAGAACUGCACCGAGCACUGGCAUCAAAGCUCAGACAGGACAGCAUUGAACGAGAGCCAAGUGGAGAUGGUGAGAGCAGAAAGGAAGCCGAGGAAAACAAGGAAAAUGUUCGACAGGACAACUGCUUUACUGAUGCUUCAGGAAUUAUUUACGACAUUGACAGCUGGAACGACUCUGUCAUUUCUGGUACAUUGCCAAGGAGGAUGAGGAAGGAGCUGCUGUCUGUGAAGCUUCGGAAUCGUCCCAGCAAACAGGAGCUGGAGGACAAGAACAUUUUCCCUGCACGGAGCGACCAGGAGAGACAGGAGAUCCGUCAACAGAUUGAAAUGAAGCUCGCCAAGAGACUCAGUCAGCGGCCGGCCGUUGAAGAGCUGGAGAGCAGAAAUAUUCUGAAACAGAGGAAUGAUCAGACGGAGCAGGAGGAAAGAAGAGAGAUCAAACAGAGACUGAACAGAAAGCUCAACCAGAGGCCGACAGUGGAUGAACUAAGAGAAAGAAAGAUUCUGAUCCGCUUCAGUGACUACGUGGAGGUGGCCAAAGCCCAGGACUAUGACAGGAGAGCUGACAAACCCUGGACAAGACUGUCUGCAUCUGACAAGGCGGCCAUCCGUAAAGAGCUAAACGAGUUCAAAAGCACCGAGAUGGAGGUCCAUGUUUCGAGCAAACACCUGACGAGGUUUCACAGGCCCUAAGAGGGAGUUUUCUUCUGUGAAGGAAAUGCUGAAAGCGGCGGUGCUUCUUUCAGAGCCGUGGCUUGGUCCAUGGGCUUCCCUUAUUCUUCCAGCGCCCCGGGGCCGAGUGGUGUUUGGGUGCGGUUAGCGCCGGAGGCUGCGUCUCCACCGCGGGCGGCCACAGGAGAAACCUGAAGAACAUCUGCAGAUACAUUUAACCUGAGGCUGACGGAGUGGAGCGGCAGAGGACUGCAUUUCAGCGACUGCUUAGAAAAGACAAUUCAGUUCUGGGUGAAUGUUUGUGUACAUGUAACCUGCUCCACUCUACUCUAAAAAAAUAAGUAAAGAAAAAAAAAUACUUGAGGGUUAAUAAGCCUGCUAUAAAUGAAUUUCAUAUUUACUGUACAAAUGUCUGUUUGAACAGGGUUGUUCAUGUCAUCACUUGAAAAAAAGGAAAAAAAAAACUUUGUAAGCACUACUUGUCUUUAAAAUACAAUUUUGGAAAUACCUCUGUGU